AUGCCGUUCACUCCCAUGGAGCAAGUGCCGGAUAUCCGUCUCCGAAAUUGCAAUAUUAAUGAUACGCCUCCUGAGCAGUAUUUCGAACCCGUACCAUUGGCUCCGCGCCCGGGGUUCAACACUACCGGCAAGGAAAUAGCCUUGUCUACGAACUUCUACCCGAUCUUGGAUUACCCAAAGAAAAACGUUCAUCAAUAUGAUGUCAUGAUCGGAAAUGGCGCUGAGAAGCGUGUUGUCAUGCAGAAGGUGUGGGACUCGAAGGCUCGCAAGAGUAAACUUAGCCGGGACUUUAUUUUUGAUGGAAGCAAGCUUGCUUGGUCACUCACCAAACUUGACCGCGAUAUCAACAUUGUUGUUGAUCUCGAUGCUGAGCAAGGCCGUUCCGGCUCCAAGAACUCGAAUGCUUUCCGGUUGGUUGUUCGAUACACCAAGACCAUCGCUUUGGCAACAUUAGCAACUGCCAUUCGUGGGGACAUUAGUAAAGACAAGGAGACGACACAAUGCCUUACUUUUUUUAAUCACCUUCUGAGGGAAACUCCUAGCCAGAGAUUCAUUGCGAUAAAGUCAUCAUUUUUUUCCGAUAACAGCCCCCAGACCUCUGUUGGCUGCGGAGUGCAUGCCUACAAAGGCAUUUUCCAAGCAAUAAGAGUGGUGCAGCCUGGUUCUCUUGCAAUCAAUGUAGACGUUUCAAAUGCGUGUUUUUGGUCACGCAAUUCCUUACUUGUUUCCGCAGUUCAGGUCCUUGAACUACGAGACCCGCAACAGCUCAUUUAUAACUGCAAGCCGGAGAAAGAUGCAUUUGGCGGUAAAAAAGGCUCCAAAAAGUUCCAACUCCUGGAUAGAAUGAGGAAACUCGUUGUGAGAGCCAAGUACCCCGGAUGCCCUUGUCCUGACAAAGAAUGGACAAUCAGAGAAUUUCUCCUUGCAAACGCAAAGGAGUACAAGCUUGAAAUCAAAGAUCAGGCCACUGGAAAGAUCAAUUCGGUUUCUGUUUACGAUUAUUUUAAAAAUCGAUACAACGUCAAUCUGACUUACUGGGAACUGCCACUUGUGCAGAUGACCAAGAAAGAUGUCGUAUACCCCAUGGAAGUCUUGGUUAUCUAUAAGUCUCAAAAAUACCCUUUCAAAUUGAAUGACCUGCAGACCUCGUCUAUGAUCAAAUUUGCGGUUACCCGCCCUGCGGAGCGCCGCAAGGCCAUUGAAGAUUCCAAAAAGGGCCUCCAACACCCCACUGACCCCAUCCUUAACGCCUAUGGAAUGAAAAUUGGCGAUAAUAUGGUGAAGACUCGUGCUAGAUUGAUGCCCAAUCCAGAAAUCAUGUUUGGAGGAAACCAAAAACUUAACCCCGGAACCAAUGGACGAUGGGAUUUGCGAGGCAAGAAGUUUUACUCAAAGAAUACCAAACCCCUGAAGUCUUGGGGAGUUGGUGUGUUUAAAGGGAGAAGCCCCAUCAAUAUGGCCCAAGUCGAAGCGUUUUGUGAUGCACUUGUACGAGCUUACCAAGGGCAUGGAGGCGACAUUGAGAGCCGUCGUCCUUUGAUCAUGGAAGUAGUCGCUGACCCAGCCAAAGCCGCCUUCGACCUGUUCCAUGCCACCGGAAAUAAAUUUAACCUUCGUCCUGAGCUCAUGAUAUUUGUUGUGGCAGAUCGCCAGAGCUUCCACUACCUGCGAAUCAAAAAGUCAUGCGAUUGUCGCUUCGGAGUACCAUCACAAGUCCUACAGGGCCAGCAGGUUGCCAAAUGCAACGGACAGUACAUCUCUAAUGUGCUGAUGAAAAUCAACGCUAAACUCGGGGGUACAACUGCGAGAGCAGUUUCAAAGCAUAGCAGCGGCCUUCCCCCAUAUACGAUGAUCAUCGGAUCCGAUGUCUCGCAUUCGUCCCCAGGAAGCUUUUCGCCAUCAAUGGCCGCGAUGACAGUCUCUAUGGAUACGUUUGGAGGCCGGUACACUGCCGGAUGUGAGACUAAUGGCGAGCGUGUUGAGCUUAUUAGCCAGGCAAACAUAAAAUCGAUACUCUCUCCCUUGAUCCGUGAGUGGGUUAUGACUAUUGGGAAAGGCCGUGUUCCUCAGAAUGUUUAUUAUUUCCGUGAUGGCCUUUCGAGUGGACAAUUCCAGGGCUGUUUACAGCAAGAAAUACCCCAUAUUAAAGAAAUCUUCAGCGAGAUCAUGGGCAGUGAAUGGCCAGGAAAGAUGACCAUUGUUGUUGCAUCCAAGCGUCACCAUGUUCGAUCUUUCCCCGAACCCAACGACCGUCUGGCUUCAGACAAGAAUGGCAACCCCCUCCCAGGGACUCUUGUUGAGCGAGAUGUUACAGACCCUUAUAACUGGGACUUCUUGAUAUACUCUCAUAUUGCACUCCAGGGAACAUCUCGCCCUGUUCAUUAUCACGUUCUCGUCGAUGAGAUGAAGCAUAACCCCAACCAGCUGCAGAACAUGAUCUAUGACCACUGCUACCAGUAUAUGCGCUCUACUACUUCUGUUUCAUUGUUCCCUGCGGUUUAUUACGCGCAUCUUGCGUCUGCUCGCGCCCGAUCCCACGAGGACGUCCCUGCCAGCUCCGGACCACAAUCCGGGCCAGGAGUCAAGCAAGGCCAGGCACGCCAGGGACCUCGAGAGUCUGACACUCCUCAGCUUCUCCCCAUGCCAAACAACGACCGUAUCGGGUUUAAGGUGUGGUAUAUCUAA